AGUAAUGGCACCACUGUUUCUGCCCGAAAAGAAUGUUGUGUUGUAUUUUAAUAAUACAUUCUCGAGAAGCUUUACAUGAAAAAUAUAUAAACGGCAACUAAGGAUAACCACGAGCAGCGAAGCCGUCCUUUUAUAGGAAUGCGUUCUCAUUAAAAAUACAUACCAGACGAAACAGGACUUUGCUGGAGAGAAGAGGAUAUUUUUUCAUUCUUCCCUGGCACAGCUUCAUAUUCUCGAGCCCCUGCGUAUGCCCCCCUAAGUGAAUCCAGUGUUGGUGUGGAAGAAGACCAUUGGCAUGGCUGUGGCGGCCGCCCACGAGUUCCACUGGCUCAGCCUGGCCCCUUUGCCCACUGGCCGAGUGUAUCAUUCCUUAGCAGAGGUGGGGGGGCAGCUGUUCGUGGUGGGGGGCUGCGAUGAGACGGGCCAGCCCAUCAGCGCCUUGGAGCUGUACUCCCCCGAAGUGGACCAGUGGGUCGGUCUGCCCCCGAUGCCCACCCCCCGGGCUGGCGCUGCUGUAGCUGUCCUCGGGAAGCAGCUGCUGGUGUUGGGCGGGGUGGGUAUAGACCAGCGCCCCCUUAAGUCUGUGGAGCUGUACAACACAGAGGAGGGCCGGUGGAGGAAACGGAGCGCCCUGAGAGAAGCAGCCAUGGGUAUCUCUCUGACUGUGAAAGAUGGCAGGGUGUUUGCAGUAGGAGGGAUGGGGAGGGAUCUGUUCCCCCGGAGUGUCCUCCAGCAGUACGACCUGCGCAAGGACAUGUGGGUAUCGCUGUCCCCCAUGCCUACCCCGCGAUAUGAUGCAGCUGUCCACCUCCUGGGUACCAAGAUCUAUGUGGCAGGUGGCAGGCAGUGUAAGCGGUCUGUCAAGGCCUUUGAGGUGUAUGACACCGAGAGCCGCUCUUGGGCUGUCCUUCCCAGCAUGCCCUGCAAGCGAGCAUACUCAGGCCUGGUGUGGGACAGAGAGGGGCAGCUGUACAGCCUGGGGGGGCUGCGGCAGGGGGGCGUCCACCAGCGGCCCAAAUUCACCAAGAACGUCAACAUCUUCGACAGUCAGCAAGGUGUUUGGCAGAAGUCUGAGGAAACUGUGUCCUUGAAGACGAAGCGAGCAGAUUUUGUGUCUGCAUUCCUGCAGGGGAGAGUGAUUGUGGCUGGAGGACUGGGUAACCAGCCCUCCAUGUUGGAUUCUGUGGAGGCCUAUCACCCAGGAAAGAGGAAGUGGGAGUAUCUGCCCCCUAUGACCUCACCCCGCUGCUCCGCCUCCUGUAUUGUCAUCCAGGACCGUCUCCUAGUGGUGGGAGGAGUCAACCAGAGCCCAAGCCCUGCCCAUGAGGUCCUGUAUGUGAAGCUGGGGGAGUCGCUGUAGCCUCUUUCGUCAGGACCCAGCAGUGAGAGCUGGGGAUUGAACAAGGACGCUGCCUCUGUGCACUCUGAGCAGUGAAGGUCUGUCUCUAGGAGAGGACUGUGCAUUUCUGCCCGCUGGGAGCCUCUGUUACUGUAGGUUUUCAUUUCAGCCUAGCUCUGAACCAGCUUACUGACUUAAUGGGGCCAGUUUGCCAACGUCUCUCAGCUCUUCAGGUGCUGCCGCUUUAAAGAGACCAAGAAAACCUGCAGAUAUACAAGUCUUCUCCAGCCAGGAUUGGACAGCCCUGCUCCAAACCUCCAAACGGUACUGGAGAGUUGUUCAAAUCACAAUAGGAGGCUAAGGAUUGUUUGGCAGCUCUGAUUUCAGCUACCUUUCAGUUACAGAUUGGACUAAAGCAAAGUAGACCUGCAUUGCGUUUCGUAAACUGAACUUGAUUUGUUCUUCACACACAGCUUUGCUUUUACAUGCAGAAAAUGUGAUAUUAACCAAUAGCACGGAGAUCAGAUUAGAGUCAUUAGGCAAGUGAUAUAAUUUUUGUUGCCUUUUUUAAUCAUAUCUCAUCUCACUACGAUGAAUGAACCAGGCAAGUAAGAUGGACCAAAGAGCCUGUGACAUGUAGCUUUUCACAUCACAUACUAUAUGGGGUACCCCAGGGAUCCCCAAUAAAUAAGAGUCCCAUCCAAAAAUUAACUUUGCCUUUCCAAUGAAAACUGAACUGUUAUAUCACUAUGGUUGGUUCCAGUAGCUGCUCACUUUAUUCAUGAUACAACUUCUUAUUCUAUGACCCAUUAACCAACUCUUACUUGUUAGAUUCCACACCGGUUAGUGAUAAAAAAAAUUAUAGGUUUAUACAUUCACUAGGAGAGGAGAAACAAAAGCUCCAAAGCGCUACUAGCUUUCACACAUAUAUUCACAUACAAAUGGGUACUAACCUAGAACCAACCAAACAACAUGGGUUGUUAGAACUAUACAUUGAUUGUUUCAGGGAGACAUCAAUAACUUUAGUAUUACAAUUUGAAUGAUUAACUGUAGCACAUUUUCGACAUCAUUUGUAUAAGGGUGUUAUUGAGCAUUUUGCUCCAUGAAUAAGAAAGGUACAUUGGUUGCAUUUGAUUUUUCAACAUGGGAAAGUGAGAGACGAGUCCACACCUGCGCCGCAUUGAACCUUCCAUCCAAUGGCGCAGCUAGAGUGUUGACGCUGCCGUUUUUGAUUGGUUCAUCCUGCUUUUCCCUCUCCCUGAUACGCUGGCCUAUUUGAGGGUUGGCCCCGCCUUUCCAAUAAGAGCAGUAGGUAUUUAUGGUUUUCAGAAACUAGUCAUCAAACUUCAAUAGAUUGCUUACAAACAUAAGCCGAUUGCAUGCUUAAGCACAGUGUAGUUUAUUCUGUGUUUAGAGGUAACUGCAAUGACCCUCUACGUAUGAGUCUUCAGAAGGGAGCUAAUGGAAAUAGCCACAUUACGAUUUCAAGCCUUUAUCUAAAGCAGACUUUCAGAACAAUUUCUGAAAACAUACUGCACAUAUAUGUAGCGUAGAGUGGUAUUGUUUAGAAUGUAGCAACAAUACAGUAAAUUAUGAGCUAAAGCAUAAUAAUAGUCGAAUACCUGCAGGAACAACAUCUUAAAUCAUAGAACUCAAUAGGGUACACUGUUCUAACUUUAUCAGUUUGCAAUAAUUACAUUUUCUAGAAUAGAAACAAUAAAUUGAAGUAAUUGUUUUAGUUCAGGUGCACAUGUACAACUUUAGAGUUGUAUUAGUAUUUAAGGUGUUGCAGUGUAAUGCUGUUUUUUUCCAGAGGGCUUUUGAGUUGCAGUAGCUAAUACAGUAUUCUAGCACUGUUUUUAAAGUGUGAUGCAAGUAUAAGGAUAAAGUGUGGUUUAUUUUCAAAGACAUUAGUGCAAUAAAUGUGUGUACGGAUUUUCUAAUAUUUGUGAUUUUGUAGCUCGGGCAUUACGCGACGACCACAAAGUUUCAUAUGUCAAUUAAACGAUUUCAGUAGUUAGAA